AUGAAGGUCGUUCUUACGCUCCUUGCUGCCUCAGCGCUUGCGCAGGGCUUUGUUAUCGACUUCGAGGCUCCGAAUGGUAACGCGAAGCGUCAGGCUUCUACGGUAGUUGUGUCGGCUGCUCCUACUGGAGCGUUGCCGAUGCCGCCAUCUGGAGCACCUUCUCCUCCCUCCGGAGAUCCUACACCUCCUGCACCGCCUCCAGCUCCCGUAGGCAAGGCGAACGACCCGGCUCCGCCAGCUCCUGGAAACGAGACUGCUCCGCCGCCGCCACCUCCGUCCGGUGCUCCACCGCCACCUCCUGGCAACGGCACCGCUCUCCCAUCGCCUCCCUCGGCUGCGUCUGGUGCUCCGCCACCACCACCCGCUGACCCCGCCGCUCUAGCAGCCAACGGCACAGCUCCUCCACCUCCUCCACCCCCACCGGCCGUGUCUGGUGCUCCGGUACGUUCUCACUGGGUCCAUGGAAUCAUUUCCAUGGAGAAGACUAACGUUUCUUCUCAGCCACCACCUCCUAGCAACGGCACCGCUCCCCUUCCCCCUCCAGAUGCCAAGGGAAAGGGUAAAGGCCUUGCAACAGCUGCAAUGGCCGCUGCGGCUACGCCUCUGGCGCCACCUAUGGCGCCUUCUGGUACUCCGCCCCCACCUCCUGCUAAUGGUACGGCACCUGAUGUGAAGGGCAAGGGUAAGGGCAAGGAUGACGUUGCUGCUCAAGGUGUGGGUGUGAAGGCAAAGGCUCCUACUAGGCGUAGCAUUCUUAAACUGUUCUAG